AUGAAACCUCCAGGGAGUGCAAUCAUUAGAAAAUAUUUAAAUAUAGAUAAAUUAGAAGAUUCGUUGUCCCUAUUAGGUUGUAGUAAGGAAAUUAGUAGAGGAGGUAGUUCGCAUCUCGAAUUAGAUAUAAGUUUUGAUCAAAAUGAUGAAAGUUUUGAUGUUUAUUUGGAUCUGUUCGAUAAUGAUUUUUCAAUAAGUAGUGAUUUCGAUACUUCAGGAAUAAUUGAUACUAAUAAUCACAAGAAGGACAACAAUGACAAUAAUGACAGUAAUAAUAAAAAUAGGACAAAAAAAAGAAAUUACUACGACCUGAUUAAUUCAUCGUACAUUACAGGGAAUAACACUAACCUUCUCUACAACAAUAAAUCAGUUACAUGUGAAUUUCAUUCAGAGAACAGUUCAGCACCAAGUUAUCUAAAGUUAUCUGCAAUUGAAAAUGAAAAUCCAUUAACUAUUAAUAAUGAAAAAGUAUUACCAAAGAGGAACAGAAAAAAAAAGAAAACUGAUAAAGUCGAUUUACAAUUCGUAAAAUUGAUUACUGAAAAAUUGAAUAGGUAUGAUUCAAGAAAUUUAAUAAUGAAUAACAAAUAUAAUGAUGAUUUAGAUUAUUUUGAUAAAGUACGGUUUCAAGAAAUUUUAUACAAAUUCAGUAAAACUUAUUUUUAA